AUGAAGUUAAACUAUGCAGAGAAGAAAACCCUUUUAGAAAAUCUCACAAAUAGGAUGAUCAAAAUAGAACAAGCUAUAGGUAGCAUAAAAUUUUACGAAAAAGGAAAGGACGCAAAAAGGAUUCGUAAAGAUGGGACAUCAUUUGGUAGUGGCGUAAAAACAGUCGAAGGUAGAGAGAAGGACUAUCAUAAUAAAUCUAUUGUUAGUUUUGAUGACCAUCAGGAUAACGACCGUGACCUCCUGGGCACGCACAAAGACGAGAUGGUAGAACUGAUUAAGAAACACGGGCACAAGAACAGCGUAGCCGUUCACAUUUGCACGAUAAAGUUGAUUCUACAGCAGAUCGCGAAGGAGUUCCUGCACGACAUCUAUGCCCAAUACAACGACUUCUACAUCUACAUCCACAGCAACAGCAUCCUCGAUGUGUACAAUACCUUCGAAUACAAACGGAACAUCAUUUUGUCUCACCUGGAUUUCAUGAAAACUUACAGCCAGCAAGUUCAAAAAAUUAUGCAGCUAAAAGGGAAUAUAAACAGCUACAAAAUGUCCGAAGCGGAGCUACACCUGGAGAGGUUGCACAAAAUUGAACAAAAAAACGAAGCCCUAUUUUCGCGAAUUUCCGCAGUGAAUGCCUCCCUGGAAGACGUUGCGUAUAAGUACGCCCUGAUGGUAGGUCAAUGGAGUCAAAAUGAAAAAAGAGCUUCCCCAAUGGGUUAG